UUUGUUUGUUUUUGUUAUUUGUUGUCUGCUAGCACAGCUGCUUAACCCUUUACUUUCUCGAUCAGAUUCAUUUUGCGCAUUUUGUUUCUGGUUUGAUACAUUUUACUGUGUUACAUUUUAAAGUUUUUUAAAUCAACAAAUUUCUUUCGCUCUUUUCCUGUCUGUGGAGGUUAUUUUAUAAUAAUUAUUUCCUGACGAAAGACUUAGUCCUUAUUUUACCAUGUCUGAACCUCCGAUCAAGAAGAAAAUUUUACAUGCUGGCAGUGAAAAAGUGGAUUUCAAGCCUGGCUGUAAACUUGCUUUUCAUUUUAUUACAAAACUGACUGAUGAAGAUGGAACAGUUCUUGAUGACAGUCGUAAAAUGGGUAAACCGAUGGAGUUGAUUCUUGGUAAAAAGUUUAAACUAGAGGUGUGGGAGACGGUAGUGCAGUUGAUGAGUUUGCAUGAAGUUUCAUCUUUUACAGUUGACAAAAGUUUGGUUCUCUCAUACCCAUUUGUUGCCAAAGCCCUGAGAGAUAUGGGUAAACCACCAGACGCCAAAAGGCAUCACUGUUGCGGAGUUACUUUGCAAAAUGAAGGUCUAGGGUAUGAGGAUCUCAAUAAGUUAGUUAAAAAUCCAGCAGAUCUUGAAUUUAUUAUUGAAUUACUGAAAGUUGAAGCACCUGACGAAUAUAAGAAAGAAUCUUGGCAAAUGUCAGAACAAGAGAAACUAGAUCAUAUCCCUAAGCUAAGAGAGGAAGGUAAUAGCUUUUAUAGAGAGGGAAAGUAUAAAGAGGCCUGUGAAAGUUACACACUUGCUCUUGGAUUCAUUGAACAGCUCAUGUUAAAGGAGAAGCCUCAUGACACUGAAUGGUUAGAACUUCAAGAAUUUAAGAUGCCUCUUCUUUUAAACUUGAGUCAGUGUAAACUAAAGCAGGGAGAGUAUUACCCUGUCAUAGAACACUGUUCAACUGUUUUAAGUGUUCAUCCAGAAAAUGAAAAAGCCUUGUUUCGAAGAGCUAAAGCACACAUGGGUGCAUGGAAUCCUACAGAAGCACGAUCAGACUUUGAAAAAUUGGUAAAACUCAAUUCCAAGCUAGAAAAAUCAGUAAGUCAAGAAUUGAAGAUUCUAGAAGACAUGAUUCGUCAAAGAAACAAUGAAGACCGUGCCAAACUAGCAGGAAAAAUGUUCAAUGUGUGACAUAAACAGGAAAUAAAACAAGAAAAAGUUGCAUUUUUUGAAUGAGGAUCAGUAGGAUUAAUAUGUUGAUUGCCAUGUGAUCAUGUAUCAGUUGUGACCAGUGUGUUGAUUUAUCAUAUUUAUGUCACAUCUCUAUGACUGAGUUUUAUGCAUGAUGCUGGUCAAUUGGCUAACAUGUCCUUUAUCCACAUCCAAACGAUGUCGAAAUACUGGAAUCGACGUUGAAACGACACAGUACUGAUUCGAAUUUUCAUGUAGUACUAAGAAUACAUUAUCAUUAUCGUCUCAUGUUAUCAUUUUUGUUACUUUUUAACCAUAUAAAUCAGACGUUUGUAAUAAACAUAUGCCAUGCCAUA